UAUAGGUUGGUUAGGGUUAGCUACAAGUGUAUAAAUUUUUCUGAAUCAGUUCUGUUUAUCCCUGUACGGUUGUCUCUCGGGAGUGUGUCAGUGCGCAUGCGCAGUCUCCGCCUGCGCUCGGUCCGUGGCGGCUGCUGCUGCUGUUUCUGUCCGCCGCGCGAGAAUCUCCGUGUAUUUCCGCCCUGUUCUCGCCCGCCGCUCGUUUAUGCGUCCGAGUCCGACAGCCGGGCCCGCGCUGCUCGGUCCGUGCUCCCGGUAAAGGCUCGUCUCACCGCGGCUCCGGGCGUUAUGCGCUCACAUGAGGCCUACACGCUGAAGCUGUCCUCCUCCUCCUGCUCCUGCUCCUCCUCUCAUGCAUGAAUCUCACCGUGAUGGCUGAUGAUCAACAACUGCCCGGUGCUCCCGGAACGUCACUGCAGAGCCCCGAGGCCACGGCGCUGCAGUACAACAAGAUCAAGAACUCGAUUUGCAAAUCAGUACAAUCAAAAGUGGAGAGUAUCUUGCAAGAUGUUGAGAAGUUUACAGAUAUCGAAAAGCUCUACCUCUACCUUAAGUUGCCUUCUAGUCCCAGUAGUGGCAAUGACAAAAGAACUGAAAAUCAGAGGGGCUCUGCAAGUCCUGCAAUAUGCGACCAGAAUUCCAUGUCGUCCAGUCGGACUCAACAGAUGUACGCAUUCAACUGGAUCCGAAAUCACUUGGAAGAGCACCCAGAAACCUCACUGCCAAAACAAGAGGUGUACGACGAAUACAAGAGUUAUUGCGACAAUCUGGGUUACCAUCCUUUAAGCGCAGCUGAUUUUGGGAAGAUCAUGAAAAAUGUUUUUCCGAACAUGAAGGCACGCCGUUUGGGCAUGAGGGGGAAAUCAAAAUAUCCUUUUGUGUGGAAAUAUCUUACUGCCUAUAUUUUGAUUUUGAGAUACCGUAGGUUCCAACCUGUUGAAACACCUAAAGCUUCACAACAUUUGCUUUCGAAACAUUUUGUGUUCAUUGAGAAUUGUUGUGACCCUUUACAAUGUGUUACGUACUGCUAUAGUGGACUGAGAAAAAAAGCCUUUGUGCACAUGCCAUCACUCCCUAACCUGGACUUACACAAAGCAGGAGAUGGGUGUGAGUUGUUGGAGUCGACUGGACAGUCUCCCAGUGCUGAGGAUGAGAUGCGCUCGGCAGCUUGCGGUCUUGUCUGCGAAUGGGCUCAGAAGGUUUUGAGUCGCCAGUUUGACAGUGUGGAGGAAUUGGCACGCUUUCUUCUCAACAGUCACUAUAUAGGCACUAAAUCCAUGGCAGCUCUUACUGUCAUGACUGGAACCCCAACAGGUAUGAAAACCCCUACGCCUGCCUCUGCCUUUGUGCCAACUGGUGAAGCCAACUUAUUCCAGCCGCAAGUGAAAACCCUCCCUUCGCCUUCUGUAGAUGCCAAACAACAGCUGCAGCGGAAGAUCCAGAAGAAACAGCAGGAGCAGAAGCUCACCUCUCCUUUGCCCACUGAUGCCCAGGCCAGAAGGGCAGAAGCGGGCACACCCGGCCCUGGAUCCAGCCUGACCUCUGGAAGUCCUGCACUACUGUCCCCUCAACCCACCAUAGGCAUCGUGGUCACUGCUGUUCCAAGUCCUAUCACAGUUCAGAGAAACCGGCAACUAAUGACCUCUCCAAGUCCCGUUGGGGCAGCAGAGGGAAAAGUUGUACCUGUUAACUUCCAGGUUGUGACACAACCUGUUAAGCAGUCUCCAAAAACGCCCCAAAAUAUCCCUGCCAGCCCAGUCGGUGACAGGUUGGCCAGACACCGAUAUGCCCAGAUUUUACCUAAACCUUCUGCCACAAGCGCCAUUGCACUUCGCUCGCCCCAAACGCUUCUGAUCACCAACAGCCCCAUCAAGACGGUGAUGCCCACGCCCCACGUUAGCUCGGUCAAUGUGGUCAAGAUGACUGCAAUUUCAUUAGCGCCUAACAGUAGCAGUAGUAAUAGUAUUACUCCUACCCCUUUGAGACCUGCUUCGACAGGAAUCAGUAGCACAGCUUUCCUGGAAGAAUCUAGCCAAAUCCAGCUAGCGCAGAAUGGGGCAUCUGUCAUGUCUCUUCAGUCAUCUGGGAAAACUGGACGUCCCUCUACGACCCCAACCCCAUCAGCAUCCACUGUUACUAGUGAGGUAAAAGUGACAUUUGAAGCUGUGAAUGACAGUUACUCAGCUACUGCUGUUGAUAAACAAAUCACUGCAUCAGGGGCAAGAACAGGACUAAAGAAUGAAAGAGCCACUAAAUUCAGGGCUUCCAGUGAACCCUCUCUUCUUAUUAAGGCGUCCCCUGUGCCUGAGAGAGUGACAAGGGCCAAGAGUGACUCCACAACCCCUUCAAGUACAAUCAUGGGGGCUCUUGCCCCGAGCAGCAAUAACAACAACGAUCACCCAGAAAGUACUUUGUAUUUAACUGUUACUAGCCAGAAUGUAGAUGCUGAAUUGUCAUCCAUUUGUGCGAUGGCAACUGCAAGCACUUCUUCUAAAGAUGCUGUUCUUGGUCCAAAAAGCCCUCGUAAACGUUCUGCAUCUGUUUUGGAAACCCAUACAAUCCCAGUUAAAAGAGUAUUCAUUUCCCAGCAACCUUUAGAUAGUGGAAGCAAUGCCAAGCCUGGUCUUGUAAUAGCAGCUAAGAAGAUACACAGACCUGGCACUCCAGCAAGACCAGAGAGCGCUCCAUGCAAAGUUACACUAAAACAGAGUAGCUCUCUUCCAACUCAAAUCUUAGCUCUUUCUGACACUCCUAUUGGAGCCCUGGACAUCUCCCAGAUGGUUAAUCCUCAGAGCUCUUUACAACUCGCAAAUGAAGCUGCUGAUAUUAGCCAGAAUGAAACUGCUCCUGCUAAAAGCACAGUUUUACUGCAGCAAAUCUCAAGUCACCAACAAAUCAGCAGUGACGUUUCUCAGGAGGUAUCUACUAUAAGUGAGCUCAAGAGUUCACUGCAAGACUACUCGCAACAGAUGCAAACAGAACACAAACAGAUUGCCGCUAAUCCAUUACCGUUGACCGCCCAGGAAACUGAGACCACUAGUCAGCUCACUCUUCAGCAGGACAUUGUUGAUUUUGAAGGAGCCCAAGCAAGCAUGGACUAUUUUCCCUUCAAUGAUGAUGAUAUGACCCAGGACAGUAUUGUAGAAGAGCUUGUACAGAUGGAGGAACAGAUGAAGCUGAAUAGCAGCUUGCAAUCCUACUUGAGCUGUGUUGAUAUAUCCCUACAAGGUCAAGCCACGGUUGGCCAAGGAACAAUCCUGUCGCCCCAUCAGACAAGUGCACAGUUCUAUCAUUCGUCUCACAGUAGCGCCACGCCAAUCCACACGCCAACUCCGACACCCACACCGACACCAACACCUACUCCAACUCCUACCUCUGAGAUGCUACCAGGGGGUCAUUGCUUGACCAGAGAAAGUCCUUGUUCUCGAAUGGCUCCUGUUACCCCAGUGGAUAGCUUCUUGGGUGGGCGCCAUACACCCAUCAGUACUCCACUGUCUAACUGCAGCAGCAGUGUUCCUCCGAGUCCCAUCGAAUGCCGCAAUCCCUUUGCGUUCACUCCUAUAAACUCUAGUAUAACUGGAUAUCACGAUGGUAGCGUUGUGUCCAGCAGUCCAGUGAAACCCAUGCAAAGACCAAUGGCCACCCACCCAGAUAAAGCCAAGCUGGAGUGGAUCAACAACAGGUACAACAGCACCGCAGGGUCUCCUGUUAUCUCCACCAGCUCCACCAUUGGCAUCCUGCCCAGUUACCAGGAUCUGGUGGAGGACCACUUCCGUAAACCACAUGCUUUUGCCAUCCCAGGUCAAUCUCUCCAGUGUCAAUCAAGGCAUCAAGACGGAAACUUGGGGAGGUUGACAACCGUUUCUCCAGUGCAACAAGGACAGCAAACCACCCUUAGUAGCAAGCAAGAAAGUUUUGCCAUCCCAGCUCCGUUGGACAAUAAAGGAGCAGGAAGCACAUCUACAUCUGGAGGUGGAACCUUCCGGUGUCGCAGCGUUAGCCCAGCAGUUCGUCAGCGUAACCUUAGCGGCACCACUGCACAAACAGUCACCACUCCACGGUCUGUUGUUUCUCCCUUUAACUGCCCCUUGACAUCUGAGGUCCUGAACAUUUUGUCCAACAACCAGUCUGUGGUCAGUGCCAGCAGCUUGGCCCAGAGGAGCCAAUCAGUUCCACUGAACAUCAUGAUGCAGUCUGAGCUGCUUCCCAUCAGUCACCAGGCGCAGCAAAGCAAUAGUGCUAAAAUCACCACCGUGCUCCUUAACAAGAUGGACACGGAUGGAGACGACACAGUGCGAGGGCUUGGUGUAAAUAAUCUGCCCGCCAAUUAUACAGCACGGAUGAACUUAACCCAAAUCCUGGAGACGACACAGGGCUUCCCCGGAGGCCCCAACUCUCAGAACCAGCAGCUGCCUCUGGACACAAGCCCUUUGCCUUUUGACUUCCAGAAGACGGGUUACCUCAUAAGUGCGGGAGAGGAGCAAGUCUCCUUCUCCACUGGUGACAGUCGAGCACAAUCAGGCUCAGGACUGCAGCAACCAGAAGAGCAGCUUCAGCUCCAGGAACAAGAUCAACAGCUACAACUCCAGAAUCAACAGCUUCAACUUCAAGACACACAGUUGCAGCUCCAGGACCAACAACAGUUACAAGUUGACCCAGGUCUCACCCAGCAGCACUUGUUGCUCCAAACCUCGCAGCAGGUUGUGGAUCAGGAGCAGCAAGAGCAACUGGACUUCAACACUACCGUCAAGGAUCUCUUGGGGGAGGACAGCCUCAACCCCAGUUCCCAACUCGUCGGACAGGUGGCGUCAGAGCUCAGUGCUGUCGCCUCUGACUUUUCGAACGAUAUCCGGUUGACUUCUGACCUUUCGAGUAGCAUUAACGACUUGAACACUUUGGACCCCAACUUGCUGUUUGACCCUAGUCAGCAGCAGGACCAAUAUGAAGACGCCACACUGGAAGAGCUAAAGAACGAUCCUCUGUUUCAGCAGAUUUGCAGCGAUACUGUGAAUUCUGCUGGUUUCGAUUGGCUGGAGAAUAAAGACCAGCCAACUGUGGAAAUGUUGGGAUGAUAUUAGUCCCUGUUCUUUUACUGUUGAUGUUGCUGUUGUCUGUUGUGGUUUAUAUUUAUUGUUUCUGUUCAGCGUUUGUUUUUUUUUGUAUUGCAACAUUUUGUUUAUCCUUAACGUACAAAAAUAUUGAAUGAUGUGUCUGUGCAGCAAAAAUCUGGACCCUUUGGACUGUCCAGUGUAAAGUGCCAGCCUGAGGUUAAUCUCUUACAGGCAUGUGCUUUAUCUGAUUUUAUUAUUGUUUUGUUUGUAUUCCUGCUGUAUGAUUUCAUAAUCAUUCCAGUCGUUUCCAAAGUCAUUUACAGUGAGCGGUCAGAUAUUUCCAUAUCUGGUUCCAGCUGGUAGUAAAGUACGUUCAAUAUGAUGAGACAUCACAUGGUGCACAAGCACAUCCCUCUUUCAUAUAUUUCCUCCCACUAAAACAAAUGCAUAAUUUGUUCUCGUAUUGAAACGAAAUGCAAUAUUCCAAGUAACGAAUCACUGACGUUGGGGAAACUCACUUUCUAGAACGUUGUCUAAAGAUCCAGUAAUGUGGCUUUUGCGAGUUUGCAAGUGCCCCCAUGUACCAUAAGUACAGCAGAGGUGAAAUAUCACAUCUACAUAUCGUAAACCGGUCAGUUCAGUGAACUGCGGAGAUCUUAGGUGCUACUUGGUGCUGACUUAAAGAAUCGCAUUUACUGAACCUUUCAUCAGCCAUCAUUUGUUUUGUCAAAGUGAUUUUACACAUUUUUGGGGGAGAAAGGUUUUAAGGCCAUAAUACCAGUACUGUUAAAUCCAAACUAUUGGGGAAGGAUGAGAUUUCCAGUUUGUUUUUCUCUCAAAAAAAUGGGAAUAUAAAGACUCGUCUGCCUUAUUUCCAGAGUCUAAGGCCUUAUCCCAUCUCAUUAAAGGCUUCUGAAUUCAAGGGUUACUUUAAAAGAACGACCUUGGUGCACUUGUCGUGAAUUAGCAUUGUCCAUCAUCAGAUGGUUGCUAGCCAUUUUGAAGGCUUUGCUAGCACAUAAUUGCAAACUGGUAGUGACGACGGUAUGGUGAUGGCUAGAUAUUCUUACCAACUCGAGAUCAACAGGCAAACCUGUGUCGUUUCUCCAGCCUUAACUCCAUACCAAAGAGAAGCUGUGGAGAACAAGAGAUUGCGAUCCAAUGAGGUUUACAUCAGGCCGUCAUUAACAAAAAAAAAAAAGGGAUCUUGACUGUUUUUGUUUGUUUUUACAGUGAGUGAAUUAGCUUUUGUGUAAAGUAUGUAUAUGGCGGAUGUAUAGGUAACUAUGUAUGGGGAGCAUGCUGUACAAGUUUACGAAGGCUAAGUUUCUAAGCUGUAGGUAAUGCGACAUUUGUAAAAAGGACAUAGUUGUCGUCAUGAGAUUUCCAUUUUAUCAAGACGCUAAUGGUGAUGAUUUGUAGGUAGAUUCGAGUGCCCUUAAGAAGAAAACACUGAUCAUAAAUCCAUAGCCAGCACGAUGUUUCGCUCGGUACGUUUCUGGCUUCCUGUGAUGUGCUAGUAAAUGUUGGGUCUGUAGCUUGCUAAUAUACCAUUUUUCUUAGAAGUUUAUUGGUUGCUGCGUAUGCAGAUGUAAUGUGCAAAUGAAGAGAGGAUAUUAAAGCAUGGAUUUAUCGAGAAAAAAAAAAAUUAGAUAAGACAAAUAUAAAGUUAAUUUAAUCGUGACAUAGCUAAAUUUUGUCGAAUCAAAGCAGCAGACGCUGGAAAUGGUUUGAAAAACGUUCAUCUUAUUGCACUAAAAGUUGGGUUUCUUUUUCUGUCAACAAACAACGAUUGGUGCCCGCGUUGUUUUUCUUCUAAUGACAAUAAACAGGGGAAUUACUAACGUGUGCUCGAAAACGACAAUAUAUAAUUGCCUUGUGUAGCAAUGAGCUCUAAUCUCAAUGAGAUCUGCGUUGUACGACUUCUCGUACCCGAGAAGAAAAUAUGAUAUUUAAAAUUACAGCGAGUUAAAAAAAAAAAGCCAACAUGCUUUACCAUGUUAUAAAAUGACUGUAUGUGCGCAUGUAUGUUAAACUAUCUAUGGUAGUAUUUGUAGUGACCACUCUUUUAGCCAAUCAAAACAGGACGAGAGGGGACAAAAGUAGUUCUUCAGAAGCUAUAUGUUAACUAAGUUAAAAUAAGUCAGUUUUUGUUAAUGAACGUUGUUUUGAGUAUCUGUACUCUUUCUUAUUUUACAUAUAUAUAAAUAUAAAAUGGCUGUGUGAAGAAAGCUGUACAUAUUUUUUACAUUCCGGCGUUUAUUAAGGCACUGAUUAACUACCGUUUUUUAUUUAAGCAGUGAGACUCCAGUCCUCUUUUGAUACACAGGGUUUGAUGUCGCAGAUGUUGUUCGUCAGGUCAGUCUUGUAGAAGAACAUGUUCAUUCUGUCUGUCAGUUUGGAUCUGUAGAUUUGAGCCUCUGAUGUGCUGGUGUAUCUGCUCUAUGUGGACCGUAGCUUGUUGAUAUUGCAGAAGUGUUUCAGCGAUGUUUUGUUUUUUCUCCUUUUGUUUUUUUUUUUCCAAUGGAAAGUACUCACAGGUGAGAUUUUUUUAAGUGGUUUUAAAAGCCAAUAAACAUUUUUAAACAACA